UUUUUUAGAGAAAAAUUCUAUCACUUUUUUAAUCUCCGUCUUAUAUAUAUUGAGUACUCGUGUAAAAUUUUACACCAUAUUACAGCAAAUUUUUAAUAAAAGCGGGUUUUCACUAACUUACUGAAAAUCACAGCAAACAAGUGCAAAUUGGGCUGCUCAAUUUGGGCUCACACGUGUAAAUGACAAAAAACCAAAAAAUUUCUUAGUUUCUCUUUCUUCUUCUCUUUCCUGUUUCUCUUUCUCUGGUUUUUUUUUCUCUCUCCUCUCGUUCUCUUCUUCUCUUGCUUUUGGCGUUGCUACUUGAAUUUCUCUCUUUUCAAUCUUUUAUUUCUUCACUUUGAAGUUGAUUGUUGCUAAUUUCAGGUUUGUUUUCUCAAUUUUAUUUCAUUUUAUUCAAUUUUAAAGUGUUUCGAUUUUUAGGGUUUCGUUGUUUUGGAUUUUUGUAGUUUUUGCAAUGGUGAAGAAGAAGGUUUCUGGUGAUGAUAAUGUUGCUCUAGGAAGAAAAAAGAUGUUGAAAGGUGAAGGAAGUACAUCCAAGGGAAAUAAAAGGAAGAGGCAAGAAAAAGAGGAUGACGAGCCUGAUAGGAAAAUUACAUGUCGUUGUAGACCUUCUUCAUUAGUUAAGGUUAUAAGUGGGCUUUCUCCGACUCAAAAAAAAGAUGUAGAAGAGGUUGGAUUUGGUGGUUUGUUGUCUUUACGUGUGGAGAGUAUGGUUGGUGGUAUACUUCCUUGGCUUGUUGAGAGUUUUAAUGGAUAUACUUGUAUGUUUUGUGUAGCUGAUGGUAAGGAGUUUGUUGUGACUAAGCAUGAUGUGUGUGAUGUUUUUGGUUUGCCAAGGUAGAAGGUCGUGAGGUUCCUGAAAUGAAGGGUAGUUACAAAGGUCAAUCUUAAGAUGAUAGUGCAUU